CGCUGAUAUGAAGCCGAAACCGAUUCAGCGAAUACCCCUCUACCUCUAGCAAAGUAAACAUUUAUCGCUUUUUCCAUUUCCCUUCCUUUUCCCUGGUCGCCGGAGAGUCCCAGCUCCGGUGCCCGAAAUGGCUGGAACACCGGUGGUGCUGCUGUUUGACUUUGACCGCACGAUCAUUGAUGAUGAUAGUGACCGUUGGGUGGUCACGGAGAUGGGGCUCACCUCCCUCUUCAAUAAGCUCCGCUCUACCUUGCCUUGGAACUCUCUCAUGGAUGGUAUGAUGAAGGAGCUCCACUCACGAGGUCAAACUGCCGAAGACAUUACAGAGUGCCUGAAACGGACUCCAAUGGAUCCGUGUAUUGUCGCGGCUAUUAAAGCAGCACAUGCUCUGGGAUGCGAUUUGAGGGUGAUUAGCGAUGCGAAUCAGUUUUUCAUUGAAACAAUCUUGAAGCAUCAUGGUCUGUUGGGUUGCUUUUCUCGGAUAUACACGAACCCAUCAUUCGUGGAUGAAGACGGACGGCUUAGGAUCUUUCCUUUUCACGAUUUGAAUUCGUCUCCUCAUGGAUGCAAAUUAUGCCAUGCAACUAUGUGCAAGGGUCAGGUGAUUGACGAAAUCCAAGCUUCUGUUUCUGGAAACAGCACCAAAAACUUCAUCUACCUUGGAGAUGGACAUGGGGAUUAUUGCCCAACUCUGAAGCUUGGUGGAAGUGAUUAUGUGAUGCCGAGGAAGAAUUAUCCUCUGUGGAAACGCAUUUCUUGCGAACCACUGCUAGUCAAGGCAAAAGUCCACGAGUGGAGCACUGGAGAGGAGCUGAAGAGGAUCCUACUAUACCUUAUUGAUACAAUUACCAUUCAGGAUAACAUCGGCAAACACCAGUCAGUCUAACUUAUCCCAUUGCAAGUGCCAAUCCCGACCCUGGAGGCAUCAUCUCAGAAUGUCUGCGUACUUCCAUAUAUAAUGGUUUUCUGAAUAUUGUCAAUAGCAGAGAAAGACCAUUUCAGACAAGCUGACAACUUCCAAAAAAAUGAAUUAGCUUUUCUCGUA